ACCUACAACCUCAACCCGCCAUGUCAACGCGCGGAACCUUGGCCGGCAAAGUCAUGAGGAAUCAAUAGCACGAUAGAAACAAUGGCUGGGAAAAGACAACACUCGCCUUCCCCAGCCCCACCAGAAAUCUACUUUUCAACUCCAAUCCAUGAGCAGACGUCAUCCUUCACAGCCGCCUUCUCUCCCUCUCUCAGCGCAAAAGCCCUCCAAGCGCUGCCCGAGUUCCACAGCGCAACGCACAGGAUCGCGGCAUGGCGCAAGCCCUCGCGGCAAAUGUCACUAAUGCCCGCGUCGCAUACCCUGUACGACACGGGGCACGACGAUGACGGUGAGAAAUGGGCUGGAACACGACUCAGCAACGUACUGCGCGACACAUCGACUUGCGGGACCGUGGUAGUUGGGCGCUGGUACGGCGGUCAAAACAUAGGCCCCAUUCGCUUCACGCAUAUUGAAUCGAGUGCCAAGGAGGCGAUUCGCAAGGCCAAAGCUGCAGGCGCUUCGUCAUCCGACAGUGCGCAGCAAGCUUCGAGUUCUGCCAGCCACAAGAAGCAAAAGGUACAAGUAAAAGUACAAGAGGAAGGAGAGCAAGAAGAGGCUAGGCGCAAAGAGCUCAUUAGCAACUUGCAAGAAAGAGAUUACAACAUCUUUGCGUUGCGCAAGCUGCUGAGCGAGAAAAAGGCAAGGUUGCAAGGCGAGGGGCGGGUGGAGCUGCCGACGCCUCAAAAGCUAAUGGAUUAUGAUCGCAUGAGUAUGGAGGCAUUGGAAAGGGUGGACAAGGCACGGGAUGCAACGAUUGCGUUUAUACUGAAGCAGAUUGACAGGAUAGAAGAGGAGGCGAAGCUUGCAGAAACAUUGGAUAGGGGUGGUGGGGAGGAUGUGCUCAAAGAUGCGGACAAGAACAAACAGGAAGAAGCACUAGCGACGCCUGAAUGAAGUGCAUCAUCUUGGCCUGAUUACUGUAAAAAGCGCCGUGGUAUCUCGGUGGACAUGAGUGUCACGUGGUAUCAUCAGACUAGGCAACGCAUUCAAGACGUAUGGGUGCACUUGCAAUCCGCCAUGACGAAAUAGCUUAGAGGCUUGCCUCGACGACAUGAGGGGAAGACAUGUAUACACAAACGGGGCCUUCCUGUGAUGGCUGAGACGAAAUCUAGACAUUCUGGUGU